GGAGCCAGACAGCACCUACUUUGAGCUCCCCCCGAACAGCCAGCCAGGUGAACACUCCAUGCCCUCCACCAGCACCCCGGGGAAUCACCGCAACUCUGCAGAGGUCUCCAUGGACGUCUACCAUAUGAGAGACAUGAAUGACAAUGUAAUGUCCCAGUACAACUUGCUGAGCAGCAGCAUGGAGAGCCUGGGGAGCCGUGCGACGUCCGCCAGCCCCUACAGCUCCGAAAACGCCUCUUCAUCGGCCGUGCCCACCCCCUCACCUUACUCCCAGCCCAACUCCACCUUUGAGGGCCUGUCACCCGCCCCGGCAAUACCCUCCAACACCGACUACCCCGGGCCACACAACUUCCAGGUGUCCUUCCAGCAGUCCAGCACUGCCAAGUCUGCCACAUGGACCUACUCUCCCUUACUGAAGAAGCUCUACUGCCAGAUUGCCAAAACCUGCCCAAUCCAGAUCAAGCUGUCCUCUUCUCCUCCACAUGGCAGCAUCAUCAGAGCCAUGCCCGUCUACAAAAAGGCUGAGCAUGUCACCGAAGUGGUCAAAAGAUGCCCCAAUCAUGAACUGGGACGAGACUUUAACGAUGGUCAAGCAGCACCUGCCAGUCACUUGAUCCGAGUUGAGGGAAAUAACCUCUCACAAUACGUAGACGAUCCUGUCACAGGCAGGCAGAGUGUCUACGUGCCCUAUGAGACUCCACAGGUAGGGACCGAGUUCACAACCAUCCUCUACAACUUCAUGUGCAACAGCAGCUGUGUGGGUGGCAUGAACAGGAGGCCCAUUCUUAUCAUCAUCACUUUGGAAACCAGAGAUGGCCAAGUCUUGGGCAGAAGAUCAUUUGAGGGCCGAAUCUGUGCAUGUCCAGGCAGAGACCGCAAAGCCGACGAGGACCACUUCAGGGAACAACAGGCCCUCAACGAGAGUGUAGCCAAAAAUGGCAGUGCCAACAAACGUAACUUUAAACAGAGUCCACCUAAUAUUCCCAGUCCAAAUAUUAACAUAAGGAAGAGGCGGCAUGGAGAAGAGGAGGUUUACUACAUCCCUGUUCGUGGUCGGGAGAAUUUUGAGUUGCUGAUGAAGAUUAAGGACAGUUUGGAGCUGGUGGAGAGCCACAUAGCGUCCCCCUCCCCGUACUCUCCACUGUCCAACAUGAACAAGAUGCAUUCACAUGGAGGCCUCAAUAAGCCCCCCUCUGUCAACCAGAUGAUGGGCCAGCAGCAGCAGCAACACCCAAAUGCUAACCCCUCUAUUGCUCAUAUGGGUCCAAACAUGCUCAGCAGCAACCACUUGCAGGCCAACGGUGAGAUGAACGGUGGCCACAGCAGUCAGAAUAUAGUGUCUGCUUCCCACUGCAGCCCACCCCCUCCAUAUAACCCUGACCCCAGCCUUGUCAGUUUUCUCACCAGUCUGGGCUGUCAGAACUUCAUUGAAUACUUCACCUCACAAGGUCUGCAGUCAGUCUACCAUCUGCAAACUCUCUCCAUGGAGGAUUUAGGAGCCCUGAAGAUUCCGGAGCAGUCCCGCCAUGUAAUAUGGCGUGGUCUGCAGGACAUGAAGCAAGGCGCUCCCCUCCAGCUUCCCACCUCUGCCCAUCACCACGACUAUCACGGCCAGCAGCUGCUCCGUUCCAGCAGCAACAUGGCGGCCACGGCAAUGGCAGCUAUCGGCGCUGCGGGCGGGGAACUGCAGCGCCAGCGCGUCAUGGAGGCCGUGCAUUUUCGGGUUCGCCACACCAUCACCAUCCCCAACAGGCCCGGGGUCGUUGGGCCGUCAGGAAUGGCUGCAGCCGCCGACGAGUGGGCUGACUUUGGUUUCGACAUGCCUGACUGCAGAGUGUCCCGUAGCAAGCACUCCAUCAAGGAGGAAUUCAUGGAAAGUGAUGUUCAC